AGCCACUGCUGCCGCAGAGCCAGGCCCAGCUUCGGUGAGCACACACGCGCCCUCCCUGUCUCUCGCCUUCGCUCCCCAGCACCUGCACUGAUUGUUCUGGGGAAGAAAGACUCCCAUCCACCCUCUUUUGAUGAUGUCCACUGAGCAAAUGCAGCCACUAGAGCUCUCAGAAGACAGACUGGACAAGCUGGAUUCUCGUUGCAGCCACUUAGGUGUGUUUUCAGAACAAUUAAUUAAAAGAUAUGAUGUUCAAGAGAGACAUCCAAAGGGUAAAAUGAGCCCAGCUCUUCAUAACACUGACCUGGAACAGAAAAAGCCAAGGAGAAAAGACACACCUGCCCUGCAUAUGUCCCCAUUUGCAGCAGGUGUGACACUGCUCAGGGACGAGAGGCCCAAAGUGAUCGUGGAAGAUGACGAAAAGGAUGGUGACAAGAUAGCUAUUUAAAGAUAGUUCCCCCAAGACCACUUGUAAAUAGGUUAGAUCAGUUCCCUACGGUGACCUAGAGAAAAAAUAGACUUGUUUCUGCUCUCAUUUUUAUCAUCGUCUGACUUUAAGGUUCAGACACCUUUUCCCCAGGAGACAUACUACAUGAGAUUGCCAGUCACCUCUCCAUUUCUGUCUUCUUCCUUGAGUCUGGUUUCAAUUCCCAUGUUUUGAAUUUUCGUUUUGCAAUCCAGUGGAAAAGAAACAGGUUAUCCUAAAUAAGGAGGUGACAGAGAGAGUUCUGGUGUUUAGUUUCUUCAUCUUCUGGAUCAAGAACACAGAUAACAGGCAGCCUUUACUUCUUGGUUUGUGCUGCUGGGCAGUACUUGGCUUAGUAUCAUCCAAACACCAGUCCAACUGGAGGCUCCCUGUUGCCAGUUAGAGAGGUGAGAAUGUUUUUGUUCUAAUUCACUGAUUGCUUUGGAGAGCAUGGUCUCUUAUUUCUCCUGUCCUAUCUUAAGAGUCCAACUGUGUCUGAUGAUAUUUCUAAGAACCUUGCAAGAGAAACUCUAAAGACAAUUUUAUGAGCUGGAAGAGUCAAACCAACUCACCAUGCCUUGGCACAAGACACCAGAAGCAGCAAGUGCUAGUCUGCCUGGGGAGCUUAGCAAUAUAUCUUUGUAUUAUUUUUGUUUUUAAAAACAACAGUUCAUAAUCACGCUGCCCUGGCAUCUAUCUGUGAGUUGUAUCACAAGUGAGCCAUUAUUAAUGCUAGAUAAAACACCAAUGUUUGUGACGAAUUUACUUUUUAAAAAACUAAGGUCAAAUGAAGGCCAUUCUAAUAUUUUUAGCAUUUCACUUAUUCAAACUCCAGUAUGCUUUCUUGCACAGGUGGAGAGAGUAUAAUAUUGACAAGUGAGCAGGGAUCUGUAUAUAGCCCCUGCCCCAGCCUUGGGUGCCUAUGGGAAGGCUUUGCGCAUGGGUCUCCUCCACCAGGCAAUAGGCGGGGAGAAAGGUGAGAACUAUUAUUAAAGGGAGGAAAAAAGGAUAUUUGAAUUGUCUCAUCUAAGAGUGAUCAUUUGGAAGCUCUGUAUAUACCCUGGCUCCAGCAGUUUAGUAAUCCCUUCUGUCAUUCUGAUCACCUCACAAAGAUGGAAAAGAUGCAGUACUC